GGAUCACCAUUGCCAGCUCGUCCAACGGCUGCCGCAGGUUCGAGAUCUGGGACGCCAUCCGGACUUGCUCUUCGGCAAAGAUGCUCAGGUCCUACGAGAAUUUCUUGCUUCACAAUGCGAGCCAGAUCACGGCUGUUGAGAGCUCGCUGAGGAGCAUCACCUACUUUCUUCCUGGCCGCUUUCCCGAUUCCGAGCUAGCGGGAGAAGCGAUCUACUCCGCAUUGAACCUGCUAGGUCUGUACCACGAUUCUAUUCUCGUUCGACUUCUCUCGCCACAUUCGGUACCUCGCGGGCUCAACGGUCAUCGAUCCAGCCCUCGUGCUCUGCAGCAGCAGCAAGAAGCACAGGCUUCGUCUUUAGCAUCCGCCUCGUCGUCUGCGUACCCUGCGCCACCGGCGACGUACACGCGGCAUCAGCACACGCCUUCCCCCCACGCGCGCUACACGCAUCACUUUUCCGACGCGAGUCCAACCUACAAUGUUCUCGCCCGGGCCCUCGUCAUUCUCGGCUAUACGGAGCUGCUGGCCGAGAUGGUUGCGCGGCGCAAGCUGGGCCAGAAACGUGCCUGGGAUGUCGUUGCUGGCAUCGAGUCGGUCAAGGUGGCGCUCCGGUUGGCAUUGCUCCACAUCACAGGAAAGAGGCAGACGAUUCAACCGCCGAUUCCAGAGAGAGAAGUGGACCCUGCGAUGCUCGAGGAAGAACGGAGAGCGACAAUGGAAAAGGCUGCAGCACAGGCCGGUCUAGAGGGCUCGCCUCUAGCGACUGCCGUAGGGUCGACAGCAGGAGGAGAGUCGAUGGCUGAUUCUUGGACGGGAUUGCGGACAGGCUACACGAGGCCCACUCUACAGUCGCUUCGGGCCAAGUCGCAGCAGGGAAGUCUCACGCCGCCGCUGCCUUCUUCCACGCGCAGACAUCCUCGGCACCCGCUUGCCUCGGCGGCUUCUGACCCCUCGCGUCGGCUCUCGUCGCACCCGACGUCGUCUGUCGAUUCGGCCUCUGGGUCCGACUCGGACGAGACGCUGGUGGAUUCGUGGACGGAAAAGCAGGUCAACGAGUAUCUGCUCAGCCGGACGCUCACACCGACCGACGUGAAGAAGCCAGAGGAUCUCGUACGUCCACUACGAAACGCCAUGGGCCAGGCUGCGGAGCUCGUCUGGAUCCUGAGGCCGCUGCUUUAUAUCCUCGCGCUGAGAAGAUGGGGUCGCAAGCACAAGGCGCCAUUCGUCCUCUCCUUCGUCCUCGAGUACCUCGCGAGGGUGUUGCGCGUCCGGUCGCUCUCCUCUGGCCUUGGCCCAUCCAGCAAUGGCGGUGGCAUGUCGAGCAAUCCGCUGAUGAUGCUCCUCAUGGGCGAGAACCCGCUGCUGUCGCUCGUCGGCGGCCUCAUGGGCACUGGUGCCGGCGGCCCAAGGGAGUCGCGACCAGUCAGCGAGGUGGAAAAGAUGGAGUGGGAGAAGCGCGAUCGAGCCUUUUGGUGGUACCUCCUCCGAGGCCCUCUCUGGGAGGGAUGGACAAGACCCAAGCUCGAGGGUCUCGCCACCGCGACGGAAAACAGGCCAUUGCUGGGAAUCGUCGGAGGCAUCAUCAAGGACUACCUCCCGCUGGUCGACGAGUACUACUACUAUUCAGCGACAUGACCAGGCUCUUACGCCAUUUGUCAAUAAAAGGCGAGGAAAGAAUGAAGCAUGAAUGCAUUGUAUUACUGCCAC